CUCCCUCUUAUACCCGCACCCUGGAUGCAGGCAGGCGUGCACACACCGGCAGAUUCACUCAGCUUCCGCAUCGCUCUCCCUUCUCCAUCUCUGCUGCCUCUAUCCCUCCCUGCUCUCUCCGCUGGUGGAUUUUUAGCCCACUGCUGUGUGGAACACCGCCAAAAUGUCUGACAAGCCCGACAUGACAGAGAUCGCCCGUUUCGACAAGGCAAAGCUGAAGAAGACAGAGACAAAAGAAAAAAACCCUCUGCCCACCAAAGAGACCAUCGAGCAAGAGAGGAAAGGCGAUGCCACACCUUGACUUCUGCGCACGUGAAGAAAAAGACGCUGAGAUGCCACAG